AUGUCACCCGCCGCCCGCAAGCGCAGCAGCAGCAGUCGACGCCACGUCGGGCGCUCGACGCCCCCCAUGGCUCCACCCGCGCGGCACCCGCCACGACCCUCUGCACCCACAGCGCACGACUCGCCGCACGUCCUCACGCGACGCGACAGCUCGUCGUACAACACGUUCCGCGCCUCGCACGGUCGGCCACUCAACGGCCUCCUGCUCUUCCCCGAGCAGCCGCGUCAGAUCGCAGUGCUGGCGCUCGUUGCGGCCGCCAUAUCGUACGACGCGUUCACGAGCGACGCGCUGCUGGACGCGGCCCAGAGCGGCCGCAACGCGCUCCUGGCCGCUGCGCUCGUGUUCCUCGUCUACUGCUUCUUGCAGACCCGCGACGGACUGCUGACGCGGCCGCACCCGGGCGUGUGGCGCGUCGUGCACGGCGCGUCGGUCGUGUAUCUGCUGGCGCUGGCGGCGCUGGUCGUGCAGAACCGACAGCGGGCGAUGCAGGCGAUGCAAUUGGUGUUUCCAGAGGUGGGAAGUCGACCGACGACGUUGACGAGAGGAGUGACGCUGCAGUGCGACAUGAAUUGGGAGGCGGUGACGCGCGGCGUGUCGAGUAUCUGGUUCUUUGCGCAUGUGACGGGCUGGUGGGGCAAAAUGUGCAUGUUUCGAGACUGGCGGUUCUGUUGGGUGCUCAGCAUUGCGUUUGAGUUGCUCGAGCUGGCGCUGCAGUUUGUGAUUUCCGACUUUCAAGAGUGCUGGUGGGACUCGCUGCUGCUGGAUAUGCUGGGUGCGAAUUUGCUGGGCAUGUGUCUUGGCCGCGUGACGCUCUGGCUGCUGGAAUCGAAGGAAUACGACUGGUCGGGGCGGCGGGGCAAGAAGCUGGGCUACUUCCGCCUGGCGCUGAAUCAGUUCACGCCGUUCGAGUGGGAGCAGUAUCACUGGGAGGUGUUUUCAAGUUUCAAGCGCUUUGCAGAGAUUGUCUUUGCAAUGGUGAUGUGUCUGAUCACAGAGCUCAAUGCGUUCUUUAUGAUGACGACGUUGAGCAUACCGAAAGAGAGCAACUUCAACUCGUACCGCCUCUUUCUCGUGUUCAUGAUUGGAAUUCCUGCAGCUGCUGAGUACUACGAGUUCAUCACGAACCCCAAGUGCUGGCGUUUGGGGCAAAACUCGUGGAUGGUUCUAUCCAUUGCUAUCUUCGAGGUUCUCGUGUGGAUCAAGUUUUCAGCUGAUGGCGUAUUGUUUACACAGCCGCCGCCAGACUUGGUGGUGUAUCCAAUCGUGGCCUUCGCGACCAUGUUUUCGAUGUGGAUGCUGCUGUUCUUCCGAAACAAAGUAGACCAGCCAGCACCACGACGUUCAUGCAGACUUGUCACUGGUUGGGGAUACCUCGACGUGCUGUUUUGGGCCUCUUUCACUCCACUGAUUUUUCUGGCGUCGCAAUGGGCCUUUUGA